UAAGAUUUGCAAGAGGGUAAAGUACAACUGAUUAGAGUGAACAAGGAAGGAACAACUCCACUUUAGGGAAUGUUUACAAGAACAUGUUUAUAAGAAUGUGGGAUAAGGAUGCUGCAAUACUGCUCGUUCAGAGUCCAAAUGUACCUCCCCUUUACCAGCAGUGACAAGGCGUACCCUCGCCUUGUGAGAGCACUAGUUUAUAGCACAUACACACUUGUGCCACUGUAAGCCUAGGACCUGACUUGACAAUUCGUCAUCCUUGGUACAGAGCUGAAGGAGUUAGAGCCAGAGGUGGAGGAACAGUUGAUAAAAGGAUGUCUGCACUGCCUCGAUGCUGCAUCUGUCUAGAUGACUUCACCAGUCCAGUCUCUAUCCCCUGUGGCCAUCGCUUCUGCUUGGGCUGUAUCGGGGAGUACUGGAGACUCCAUGGUGCCUGCCAGUGUCCCCUCUGUAUGACAUGUUUCCCCAUAAGGCCACAGCUAAAAACGAAGCCAACCCUACAUAAUGUUGCCCCGUGGGAGGAAAACCAAGCCGCACUCAGAGCAGGUGARGUGCCCUGCGAUAUCUGUCCAGAAAAGCGGUGUAGAGCAGUGAAGUCAUGUCUGGUGUGCCUGGCCUCGUACUGUGAGAUGCACCUGGAGCCUCACUACAGGGACUCGGCUCUAGGGCGCCAUCCACUGGUCACUGUGUGGAAGAACCUGGAUGAGCCUGUCUGUAGACUCCACGGGAGGAGGUUGGCCAGGUUUUGUCGGAGCGAUCAGACCUGCGUCUGUGCUAUGUGUGUCCAGACUGAUCACAGGGGUCAUCGGGUGGUCACCAUCGCCAUGGAAGCAACAAAAAAGAAGGUUAAGCUAAAGAAGUCCAUGAUGAAGUUUCAGCAGAUGAUCCAGGAGAGACUGAAGAAGAUGGAGGACCUCCAACAGUCAGUGGAGCUCGUUGAAGUGACUGAAGAGAAGCAGAAAGCAGCAGAGAGGCGGGCUGAAGGGUUCGUCAAAGAGAUGGAACAGGAAAUCACUGAGCUACAGAGGAGAAGCACUGAGCUGGAGCAGCUCUCACACACUGAGGACCACCUCACCCUUCUACAAAGAUUUCCAUCACUGUCCACUCCUCUACACUACAAGGAUUGGUCACACAUCAUCAAGUCCCUGAUCCAAGAACUACAGGAGAAACUAGAAAUAUCCUCAAAAGAUAGUAGAAAACUACAUUGAGCCUCCUCUAAAAUAAGACAUGUCUUUUUACUCAGGAACAUUUUUGAUUGUUUAACGUGAUUCAACCUUUUUGUCUGUCCUCAAGUGAUUUUUACAAUGAGAAAUAUCGGGAACUAUUUAUUUAUUGUGACCUUGACUUUUUUACCAAAGGAAGUGCGACUUUAAUGGGUAUCGUUUAUGUUUAUGUCGAGUUCAUCAUUGUGCCUAUCCUAUCCACAGUGUACAGUCAUGGUUGAUUAUUUAUGUCUUGUUACAAUUUGACCAGAGUAAAAGUGAAUGUGAUUUAUUCAAAUAUAUAUAUAUAUCAUUUAUCUUAUAAUUUAUUCAAAAUGUUUAGUACUGUGCCAGAGAAAGUAUAAAUCAAGUAUUAUGCAGGGUUGUACCAAUUUGUGAUUGUGCAUUUAGCAGAGUUUGUCAUUGGAUUAAGUAAAUAGUGUAGCCUGUCGUUAACCUAAUGGAAAGGUGUUUGACUUUCAAUUCUCAAGUAAAAGAAACAGAGGAAACUGAUGGAAGUAGCUAUAGGAGGACGGGCUCACUGUAAUGGCUGGAAUGGAAUACAUGGAAUCGAGUCAAACGUGGUUU